UCCCCGUCAUCGUCAUCAUCAACAACAUGAGUAAAAACGGGCAUAGUAAUGCCGCCUUUAUUGGUGAUCAUGUGGAUAACAUUAAACAGCCAGGAACAGUAGCAGGAGGAGGAGGAAUUGGUGGCAAGCACACAACAACAUAUCCAUCAUUGGAGCUAGCCGAGAAGGGCACAAAUAAUAACAAUAAGGCAGCCAUCGUUGCCAAAGAUCCCGAUUAUAAUCCCUAUGAGAACCGUCAAGUUGAACAUCCCACUACCAAUGCGGAAACAUUGUUUCAUCUAUUGAAAGGCUCACUGGGUACCGGAAUUUUGGCUAUGCCUAAUGCCUUUAAGAAUUCUGGUUAUGUGACAGGAUCGAUUGGAACUAUAGUCAUUGGUUUCAUUUGCACAUAUUGCAUACAUCAAUUGGUCAAGGCAGAGUUUGAGUUAUGCCGCCGAAAGAAGAUGCCCGCCAUGAAUUAUCCAGCUGUUGCAGAAGCUGCUCUUAACGAGGGACCAUCAUGCUUUCGGUCCUGUUCUCCGUAUAUUGGAACUGUGGUCAAUACCUUCCUAUUGAUCUAUCAACUGGGCACUUGUUGUGUCUAUGUGGUAUUUGUGGCCUCCAAUAUCAAGUCAAUUGUGGAUGCCGUUUGGGAGACGAAUGUUGAUGUACGUCUAUGCAUGAUCAUCAUUUUAGUGCCCCUCAUUCUUAUCAAUUGGGUGCGCAAUUUGAAAUAUUUGGCUCCGUUCUCCACUCUGGCCAAUGCCAUUACCAUGGUCUCCUUUGGCAUCAUUUGCUAUUACAUUUUCCGUGAACCCAUCUCAAUGGAGGGCAAAGAUGCGGUUGGCAAAAUUGAGAAUUUCCCACUAUUCUUUGGCACCGUGCUAUUCGCAUUAGAGGCAAUCGGUGUUAUAUUGCCAUUGGAAAAUGAGAUGAAAACCCCAAAGAAAUUUGGCGGCAGUUGUGGCGUGCUUAAUGUGUCGAUGGUAUUGAUUGUGUUCCUAUAUGUGGGCAUGGGUCUAUUCGGUUAUCUCAACUAUGGCACCUCUGUGCUGGGAUCCAUAACGCUUAACCUGCCGGAACAUGAGAUCCUGGCUCAAUGUGUCAAGGGCAUGUUGGCCUUUGCCAUUUAUAUAACCCAUGGCCUGGCCUGUUAUGUGGCCAUUGAUAUCACUUGGAAUGAUUAUGUGGCCGACAGAUUGGGACCCCAGCGUAAUAAACUCUUUUGGGAGUAUGCAGUUAGAACUCUUCUGGUUCUUGCCACUUUUCUUUUGGCUGUGGCUAUACCCAAUCUGGAGCUGUUUAUCUCACUCUUUGGUGCCCUAUGUCUAUCAGCUUUGGGCUUGGCUUUUCCGGCUCUUAUACAAAUCUGUACACAUUGGUAUCACACCAAGGGUAUUGCCAAAAUAUGGCUUUUAUUAAGUAACUUUGUGUUAAUCAUUGUCGGAAUACUGGGCCUGGUUAUAGGCACAUAUACCUCACUCAAAGAGAUUGUACUCACAUUCUCCGAGUAGUAAUUUGUUAUUUAAUAAUCUUGGUUUGUUAAUGAAUGAAUUUUUUUUGUUUUUCUUUGAAUUUGCCAAGUGGCAUUCCAAUUACAAGUGAAAGUAUUAUGAACAAAAACAUAAAAUAUGAUAAAACUAUGUAAAUCGAUAAACAUUCACAGACCCACUAUAUAUAUAGACAAUUACCUACCAAUGCAUACAUAUACAAAUGUAUAUAUAAAGGACACAACUUUGGGCCAACAAAAGUGGGAUUUAAAAAUCCCUAAAGUUCCGAAUUUCGAUUCAUUUGUUAUGCUUCAAUUGCUUUCUCAAUCUCUUGACAAAUUUCUCUUUCUCAACUUCGAUUUACUAUCAUUCCUAUACUAUCAACUAAAAGCUAUAUAGCAAAGCAAAAUCCUAAAUAUAUAUCGAAUGUUAUUAAGAUUUCUGUACAGUUAAUUGUUGUCUGUAAACUUGAUAAACUUGUAUAGAAGAAUAUAUGUAAUAAUAAUAAUUUUUUUUAAAUGAAAUUGAUCAGAUUUGUGAUAUUUUAAGAAUAUUAUGCCCAAGAUGAAAAACACACAAAAAGGAAAAAAAAAACAAAAAACAAAACAGAGAAAACAUA